GUACGUGUUGUUUUUUCCACUAGCAUCACAGUCGCCUUCAGCUCCGCUUCCCGUCAUGAGCUUCUUUGUUUGUGUCUUGCUGGCCUUGCUCACCAGUUGGAGAGUCUUUGGGUUCGAGGAUUUCGCACACACUGUGGUUUAUGAUGAGAAUGGAUGUUUGGUAAAUGGAAAGUUGCACAAAGUGGGAGAACAAUGGUCAAAUGUCGGCCAAUGUUAUUUGUACACUUGCAAUGGACGACGAGGAAUCAGUGCAGUUGCAUGUCCUCUAAUAUUUGUGCCAGAUAACUCCGGAUGCACGCUGAUGGAAGAGGACCUAACAAAACCUUACCCAGACUGUUGCCCUACCUACUCAUGCAUGCAAGAGAAUAAUGUAUAGCCAGUAAAGUACUGAAUGUACAAAGUUUUUUUUAUUCUUAAAUGCAUAAAUUUUAAUUGAUAAAUAAUAAUAGUGACAUUAUUACGAAAUUAAUCCUACUUUACAUAAAGUAUUAAUUGCUAAAGCUAUUUCCAGCUGCUAGACCAGACUGGGUUCUACGAUUUAAAGGAAUUGUAGGGUGAUGUGUUUGAAAGUUUGUAACACAAUUAUGACUGUUUAUUGUGUUAUAUUUUAAUAUUACAAAUUACAUAUAAACAUGUUUUAAUGUA